ACUUGUUACAUUCUUCCUAUCCUACAAAGUUCUGCUACCAUAUUAAAUUUUGAAAGGUGCCUGCAAAAUAGUGUGAUUACCAUACUGAGUUCAAUUAUAUAUGUUUGUAACUGCAGCAAAUUUACUGUCCAAAUAUCAUGUACUAGAUUAUAACUAAACUGAUGCUUCAGUGUAAGAUUUGGUGUGCAUAGAUACAAUAUCUUAUAUUCAAUAUCACUUUAUAUUUGAUCAAUCAGUUUGAAACUUCAAUGUGUCUGCCAUUUAUAAGUUAGUCAGCAAAUACAUUUGCCGGAUAUAUUGCUUAGUUUCACGUAAUAAGAUUUCCUGCUGAGUGGGUGAACUAAACAAGAGGUAGGGAAGAUGUUUCAUGAACACACGACACCAAAACCUCAGAGAAGGUAUAGACAGACAAGGUUGGGGCGAGCUCUGUGUCGUCUACAACAGCAAUGUUCCCCAUCAACAUCUAAGUCCCCACCGUGGCUACAAUCUGUUCAAGAGCCUAGUGAAAAGAAUACAGCUGAGACCUCUGGUGCUUCACCCACAGUACUAUCCACCAAAACCUCCUGCAUCAACAUGAACCGAAAGAAAAUUUAUCUUGGGCGCCCACCAAGUUCAGAGUCAUCAUCAUCUACCAAUGGCUCUCAUUCAGUUAAUUCAAAAAUCAACUCCAUUUCUAAUGUCAAUACAAAUAAAACUAUUGAGAGCAAUAAAAGAACAUUGAAUUUGAGUGAUGGUUUAGUAAACAAUAAGAAGCUCAAGACCUCAGUAACUGCUGUUGUGUCUCCAAUUAGUGAGGAGAAGACCGCGUCCAAGCCGUCCAAGCACCCUGCUGUGUCAUGGCCUUGAAUAUCCCUGCACAUUUGUACACAUGAAAUGCCUUCCUGCCUUGCGUUGUUGUUUCUUCUUGUGUAGCCUGUUAAUUGGAGGUGUGUCUCUCUGGUCAUUUGUUAAUGUCAAUUUUAUGGUAAUGAUAAACGUGUAUGGUUUUACUCUUUCAAUUAUGCUAGGUAUAAGUUGAGACUCCUCAGAAUUAUUGCAUCAAAUACUUUAGAAAAUUUGUCACUAUUGCUCAUAAGGCUCCAUAGAAAUUUAAGCUCGACAGGUUUGAUGUUGUGAUAGUGUUAGUAACCUUUACUGCAAAUAUUCUUCUUAAAUUCAGGGGAUCAUGCGUGUGUAAACAGAGGAUCUUCAGAGUUUUAAUUAAAAAGUGUACAUUUAGAUGACAUUAUAAUCAGCUAUAACACACAAUUUAACACAAUGUUGUGGUGAUUAUACAUGUUUUUUGCUAAUCAAAAUUUUGUAUUGUAAGAAUUGAUUGUAACAAUUAUAGUUCCAUUAGAAUGAGAAUUCUCCAGCAUCUCUGAUAGAUGAAGUUGAGGUUCAUUAAUGACUUGGGUUACUUUAGAGAAUCGUUUUCAAUUGAGAGCUGUCAAGGACAGGCAUUUCUCAGAGUAAUAUCACAUUUAUAUUAACAAGAGUGUGCUGCUGUUCAUUUGUGGAAGAUGUUCAAAACCACUUCAUGAGUCAAAUUACUUCUUGAUAAGUAUGAUAUAGCAUGAUCAUCAAGGGCCAUACUAUCAGAAAUGGCUAAUGGGUGUAGACGUCUUUUCAACCUAAACAAACCAAUCGCGGACUAAAAAUUGACCAUUACAUGAAUAUAUUUAGGCUGCUAUGCGUAAGCAAUUUGUGAUAAUAUAGCGCUUGGGGAAUUAAGUUAACAAGAAUUUGUUCAGCAAAGAUGCACGCCAUUGCCUUGCAGUCCAGCAGCCAGAACGCUGCUGACGAAGGCGCUGUAGGUGACGUUCCCUGUGACGGCUCCCACAGCCGCAGGGUUCUUGCGUUCUGUUGUCACCUGGAAACCUCCUGGUCCUCCCACCUCCACCUCCACUACAUGCCAACUGCUCAGCCUGCCAUACAACGUAGUCAGUCAAUAAAACCUCCAUUACUUACUGACCAAUAUGCUACCGCAACAAACAUCUGCUCCUAGUAUUCAACAAGUUGCUGUGAAGUCUGCAGUAUGCAUACUUAUUGGUCAACAAUCCUGAAAAUAUCAAUUUAUUGCUGAGCUAAUGAUCAUUACCAUCAUAUUUUAUUUAUAUUCAACUUGAGUUUUGAUGAGAUGUAUAAUCUGCGUUUUGUAUAGCGAUUAUCGGUGCCGUCGAAGAAAGAGAGCGCAUAGGUACUAAAUGGACUAUAAUCAUUGGGAAUACUAGGUGCGUCCUUGCUUUGGAUGAUUGUUAGCCAUUUAUGUGUGCAUUAAACCUGAAUCUCUUA